CGCCUUCGUUGCAGGCCCGCCGCAGUCACGGGCUGAGCUUCCAUCAGUGUAUCUCAGCGCCCUCAGCAGAGUCUGCGUAUUUCCAUCCGGUUGACCUGGAUCGAUACCGGUCCAGUCAGCCCCGUCAGUUUCGAUCCUGAUACUCCGACGACCCGAUGCGGCCCGAUGUUUGCAUAUGGCGCUUCUGCGCACCCGGUCGCGGCCAGUCCGAUUCGAGUCCGACCCCGUGCCCCCAGGGAGGCUCCCGCCGACCGCGGCCCCCCUGCGCGGGGCGAUGCUGUUCUCCGGCGUGCGCGCGCGCCGCGCCGCCCUCCACGAGCACAGCCCCUGCGACGUGGUGCGCAGGGAAUCCUCGGGGUGUCUGAGCUCCACAUCCACUACAAUCGACGUGAGCCAUUACUGCGAGGAGGACAUCGACUCGUGCCAGUCGGGCCGCGUGAGCCGCAAGUGGAGCACCGCCAGCACCCAGUGCCCGUCGUCCCCGGGCUCGCGCGCUCACACGCCGCCGCCCCUGGAGUGCGUGAGCCUCGUGCUCGGGCCGGAGAAGCCCGCUGGAGAGGCUCGGCUCGCGCGGAGGCUCUCGGAAGGUCCGAGCGCCCUGGCGCUGCGGCGAGGCCUCUGCCUGCCGGAGGUCGACACGGCGGCCCGCGAGGAGGCGGGCGGGCGCGGGGGGCUGCUGGAAGCGCCCGCCGAGCCCGCCAGGCUGCCGGUGGCUUCCAGGGUGUGGCGCCGCAUCACCGGGUGCUGCCACAGGAGGAGGCCGAGCAGGCGGACGCCCAGUGACGGUCCGCAGCUGGGAGGCGUCCGCUGCAUCCCCUAGGUCGUUGCUCGUUACCGAAUGAGACAAGUCUGUGCAAACAGAGAUUGUCGGAAGUCCGCGCAGACUUUUGUAGUCGCCCCCCCCCUGGCGGCGCCUCUGGCACCGCCCCGGUCGCGCUCCGCGCGCAAGGCAGAGGGAUCGAGCGCCGAUCCAAGGCAUCCUUAGAAAGUUAAUUCUUAUGCUGACGUUUCUUCUUCUAGAGGCGUCCGAUGCACUCCCGGGCAGCUGCUCGGGCUGGCCAUGGAGGGCGAGCCUUGCCUGGCCUUUGGGCGAGCAGUCGCGGUGUUGUCGUAGCUUGGCUGGUCUCCC